AUGAAUGACGAAUCGCAUCUGCAAUGGAUAGAACGAGUCACUACUGACGAGGAUCCAUCCACGUCGCCAACGGAGGCGUUGAUGCGGCUCGACCUUCGCAUCCUGAAGACGACACACACCGAGAGUGUAUCAAGUUGGAACACAUUCAGGCCCUUACGCCCAGGAGAAAAUGUCUGUGCCGUCAACAUCAUCCCGUGCGACACCGUUUCUGUUCUCGAGGAUGAGACGACAUUCGGCGAUAAGCUGUUCAGAAGACAAAGUCACGAAUCUAGGCGGGAAGAUGAACUCAAGCGGGCCAUGCGCGAGCUCAACGCAGUUGACAACGAGGGCAAUGAAGUCCUUCUUGUCUCGAGAGGGAGCGAGGUGUCGAGGGUGCCAAUCCACCCAACCUCGGAGUCAUUCGACCUCCCCCCCCGCGACGCUCCUCCCCUUCCCCACCGGCUCGGAGUGGGGAUGUAG